GUUUCAACCGAAAAUAUUUUGUCGAGGGACGAACAUGAUCCGGACUUGCGAACAUCAGGUUGUUCGAUGGAGUUUAAGGUUGUCUCCUGGUUUUGCCCUCAAGUCUGCUCUUGUCGAGCAGAAUGCACGGCAGCUGGCAUAUGCCUGUCGAAUGUGCUCUCACACACAAGAGUCUCAAACCUCAAGAGCGUCUGCACAGCGACAUGGAAGUGAGCUGUCUUUACGAACUCUGCUUGAUAUGGGUUUCACUGAAACACAGGCUGACCAGGUGUACGAAGGCGCCACCAAAAUUCUGGGAAGAAAGUCUGUUACGCAUGACACCUCUACGAUCACGGCCCUUUUGGCACUGGGUCUGAAUGCCUCCAGCAUCGUCAAGAUCUUUGAUAAAUGUCCAGCUUUGUACACAGAGAAGGGAGCAGUCGUGCAACAACGAAUUCAGAAUUUGUGGAAACUGGGGCUUGUUGAAGGCAGUAUCCAGAGGGUGAUAAGCUACCAUCCACACAUCCUCACCAUUCCUGCCAAGAGAGUGAAUGCGGCGGUCCAGUUUAUCAGAACGAAAUGUCUUUUCACCGCCCAACAAAUGCGGGAGAUUCUUCGAGAUUCUCCUGAGGUGGCAGAGGAGGACCUCAAUGAACUUGAGCAUAAAUUUCAGUAUGCCUACUUCCGUAUGGGGGUGAAGCAAGCAGAGAUGGUGAAGGCCAAGCUGUUCAAGGUGAGCAUGGAGGAGCUGCGCUGUAGGCACUGCUUCCUGGAGCGCAGGGGCUUCUAUCAGACACCGGACAAAAAGGGCCAGACGCUCAUUAUCAACCCCAAACUGAAAGAUAUCCUCUCGGCCACGGAGGACAUCUAUCUAUCCCAGUUCGCCAAGGCGACCAAAGAGGAGCUGGAUGUGUUCCGCAAGCUGGUUGCACGAGAAGACGAGGAGAAAGGCAACACGCUGGAGCAUUGGGAUAUUGAAGAGGAUGAGGAGGAGGCAGAGGAGGAUCUGACUGACUUCAAGAGGGGAAGCAUGGGACAGUUGGGAUAUGUGAAGACCAAAAGGAAAAAAUGAGUCCCUGGAGAUCUAUGGUGAAUUCAGUAUCAAAGGACAAUCCUGUUUCUGUUAGGACUGUUUAGUUUCUUAUAGAAAAUAAAGUCCACUCCCCUUUAUUGCUGAAAUCCAUUUUUUGCCUCAUCCUUCAAAUUCAGGGCAUUGUCAGGUCACACACAAUAACAUGAAUGUAGCUUUCAGACAAUAAAUGACUUCUGGACGA